UUCUCCCAGUCCUUCUCACAAGGCGCUCUUUAAGCUCCGGUGUUGCCACACAGAGCAGCCAUUCAUCGGCUCUACAGUCAGCCACACACACUCCCAUGUUGAACCACUGGACAUCUAAACUGGUUUAACUGCUAUUGCAGAAACUGAUUUCCAGCCAGCGGUGGAAAGGAUUUGGACACUUUUACGCAGCAGUAUGGCUUUGCCUGAGAAGAGUCAGCAAUAACUGGGAUCGUCGCAGAGUCUUAUUCAAUUAAAACGAUUUAAUUACAUUGAAUAGUUUGGACUCCAAUUGAAAACUUUUUUGCAUUCGAGGGCUGUCUUGUCAUUAGUGGAACGCAAAACAAAAUGUCCGGCGAGGAGCACAGCCUGUCUGAGGCGGAACUGAGUCCCGGAGGGUCAGACGAUGGUCACUCACUGUCACCGACUCAACCUGGAGCGCCACCCGGCCAGGACUCACCUCUGACCGGGCCGCCGCAGCAGCUCGCCGCGCUCUGUGUCGCGGACGGCAGCGGGGACGAUGGAGGCAGAUCCGGAGCCAAAUCAGAAGAAGAGGAAGAUCGCUUCCCGAUCGGCAUCAGGGAGGCGGUCAGCCAGGUGCUGGACGGAUAUGACUGGACACUUGUGCCAAUGCCGGUGCGCGUAAACAACGGAAACAAAGCUAAACCCCACGUAAAGAGGCCCAUGAACGCCUUCAUGGUGUGGGCACAGGCGGCGAGGAGGAAGCUGGCCGAUCAGUACCCCCACCUGCACAACGCGGAGCUCAGCAAGACCCUGGGCAAACUGUGGAGGCUGCUGAACGAGAACGACAAGAGGCCAUUCAUCGAGGAGGCGGAGAGGCUGAGGAAGCAGCACAAGAAGGACUACCCAGAGUACAAGUACCAGCCCCGGAGACGCAAAAACGGUAAACUAGCGCCUGCUAGUGAGUCCGAUAGCCAGGGGGAAGGGGAGGCCAGCCACUCCCAAUCACAUUACAAGACUCUGCAUCUGGAGCACAAUGGCGGGGCUGGGUCUCCCCUGGGUGACCUGCACCACCACCACCAUCACCACCACCAUCCUGCUGGUCAGGGUCACAGCCCACCCACGCCCCCCACCACCCCAAAGACAGAGCUCCAGUCUGGGAAACUAUCAGAUGCCAAGAGGGAGGGGGCAGCAGGAGCGGCUGGAGGAUCAGGGGGGUCCAGGGGAGCCCUUGGGGUGGGAGCUGAAGGAGCAUCCGGUGGUCCAUCAUCAUCGAGUGCUAAACCCCACAUCGACUUUGGCACCAUGGACAUUGGCGAGAUCAGCCACGAGGUGAUGUCCAACAUUGAGCCGUUUGAUGUAAACGAGUUUGACCAGUACCUUCCUCCAAACGGCCACCCGCAGAGUGCAACCGGGGCCCCCACAGCUGGAUCCUCUGCCUCGUCUUACGCCUACGCCCUGGCAGCUGCUAGUGGGCACUCCGCCUGGCUCUCCAAACAGCAGCAGCAGCCUCAAGCUUCUCCGUCUUCCUCCGACCCCUCCAAGGCCCAGAUCAAGAGCGAGUCUGCGUCCGGGAGCCACUACGCCGAGGCCUCGUCCUCUCCCUCCUCAGGCACCCACGUCACUUACACCCCGCUCAGCCUCCCUCAUUAUGGCUCCGCUUUCCCCUCGCUCGCUUCCAGGGCUCAGUUUGAGUACGGAGAGCACCAGGCCCCUGGGGCGUACUAUGCCCACUCCAGCCAGGCCCCGGGGCUGUACUCAGCCUUCUCCUACAUGGGCCCUACACAGAGGCCUCUGUACACUACCAUAGGAGACCCCUCCAGCGUGGCCCCCUCUCACAGCCCCACACACUGGGAGCAGCCUGUUUACACCACACUCACAAGACCUUGAGGGAGACCAGCUGAGCAGAGGGAAAUAUGGGAAGUGUGUGAGUGGAUCUGUGUGUCUGACGGUGUGCAAAUAUGUGAGCGUGUAUGUAUAUGUGUGUGUAUGUGUGUGUGUGUGUGUGUGUGUGUGUGUGUGUGUGUGUGUGUGUGUGCCCGUGCCAUAUUGAUGUUAUAUUAGAGGUUUUUACUUUUUUAGCCAAUAUAAUGCAAGACGCAUCCACGGGGGGCCUUACACAGUUUAAAAAAACAAAAAACAGCCACAAACUCACACAAAGUGUAAAGUGUGAAGUCAACAGCCAAUCAAAAAUUAAAUAAACUUUAACAAACGUGUGCCAUCAUAAAUUUAUAGGUUGGGAUGUACAGCAAGUGUGUAUACGGUAAAUGAAUGAGACACUGAGAGUGAACAAUGUUGCAUUGGAUGAGUGAUUUGACCCAGAGACGACGGGGUUAGACUGACGUAAUCAGAUUUUAUUAACCAAACUAAAGCAGAUGUUUUUGAUGUUAUUGUGUUAUUUUAUAUGAGUAGUAAGUUUAUUGUUGUUGUUGAUAUCCUAGGGUGUAACUUUAUUGUGACUGAUUUGAUAUUACACUAAUACAUCUGCACCACUGCUUUGGGAAAAGCACGUUUUGUGUCAACAAGAUGUUCCCUGGAGUUGUUUUUUUCGUGGCCAGAAAAGGAUAGUUGCAACCUUUUUUUUGUUUUCUUUGUAGAUAGCACACUCUGUAUUUCUGUCCCUUCAUUACAUUGACUUCACUGAACUGAAGAAUUAAGCAUUUAAGGGGAAAAAUAGGAAAACGAGAGGGAAAGAGAGCUCUUAAAGAUGUAUUUCAGCUUAUCGCUCAGUCUCGGAAAACUUACCUCAACUCUAUUCAUUUUGUGCCAAUAGCAAAGGAGAAAUACGACUCUGGAUACCUGAUAAAAUAAUGCUGAAGGUAUUCAAAACUUCACAGCAGUAAACCUCCACUUUGGUCUUCUUCUUCCUCUUCUUCUUCUUUUUCUUCUUCUUCUUCUUCUUUUUAUUUUGCUUUUUAAGUGCCUAACAUUUUGCUGAUUCACAUCUGAUUUAUCCAAUAACUGAGUUAAAAUCUAUAAGUACAAAGUCUCAGCCAAAUCUCUUCAGAUAAUUGGCCAGCUUUGGGUCCUACUUAAGGAUUAGAAUCACAUGUACGACUGUUCUGCACUGCAUUUAGGCCAAAAGCAUGUUUUUUUCGUCUUUACAGGUUUUUCCUAUAUUGUGCCCAAAUAGCCCUCUUCCUCUUCAGCAAUGUGAAUAAUGGUCAUUACCACAGGCUUCACCUUUAUUAUGUGAUGCAUACUUUAUCAUUUUAUACUGACCCUCUUACCAUGUAGUUAUUAUUUUUUAUGUAAGUAAUAAUGCAUUGUGUGUCACACCUUUGCUUCUUCCAUUUUGUAUAAUUCUGGAUAGUUUUGUAAAGUGUUUGCUAUACAUUCACUUGAGUAUUUUGCUUCCAUACAAGAAAAGCAAUGUUGAAAUAUUAUUGUUGUCAUCUAUUAAAUCAAUUUAUUUAUAAAAAAAAAAAAAAAAAUCCUGUGUAAGAGCGUUAUUUCAUGCAGCAGCGAUGGUUCAGUGAUAACAUGUGGAGCGGUAGUAAGUGAAGGGUGACAAAAAAUAAAUUAAAAACACGCUGCUGACGUGUGAACUGUAAUAACAACACAAUCAGUGCCCCACCAACCUAAGCUGUUUAGUGUGUUUGUGUGUGUGGUAGGCUAAAAUUGACUACUAAUUCCCCACAUUUAAUCGGCUGGGGACUGCGUGUUACUGAGAAAGACAAAGAGAGCCAUUCAGCGAGGGAGAGGGACAGAAAGAGAGAGAAGGGGUGGGUGUAAAGAGCCAGAGACAAGGCCAAUUUCAGCUCAGAAACCAGCAUACACUUGGACUUUUGUAUAUGGCUUUUCCUUUCCUUUCCCUUUUGCCCUCUUCUCUCCACCUGAGGCUCCCUCCCUGCCUCCACAGUCAGCUGCUGUUAAAACCCAUUCAGAGGGCAUCCAACAUCGAAAUGUCAAGUUCAUUGCAGUGGCAUUAUGUUUGAGGGGGAUGCAAAGCAAAGAGGGUGAUACACGUGGGGAUUUUUUUUGCAAAAUAAAUAAAUAUCCAAAAUUAAUAGGUGAGAUUAAUUAAUCUGUUAAUCUUUGAGAAAAUACCAUCAAUUACACAAACUCCACUUUAUUUACGGUGGCACUUGGAUUCCUUCAACUAAUCAGGUGAUAUACAAACACUGUUAGAAUCAUAUUGAGAGUAAGAAAAGAAAAGAGAUAGUGAGGUAGGAAAAGAAAUUAACUAGUCUGAUGAAAAUAUAAAACAAGGACAAUAACUGCUGUGAUUCCAGCUUGAUGCCAACCUCUUUGGCUUAUUGCAAAUACUAGAAAUAAACCUUUAAUUGCAGUAAACAGUAAGGGAGAAAAUAUUAGAAAAUGGAAAAUAAGAUAUAGACACAUCUGGAUUCAUAAUAGAUGUGAAGGUUUUGGUGAAAGAAGUUAGAAAUAAGCAGUUUUUAUCUGUUUACAGGGACGGUCAGUGUUACCAGCUGUGCAAAGCUCACAUCAAGGCCUCAGAUCCUUAAGGGCCCUGUAGCAGGGGGACAUCAUUGUGUGUUACUUUGUGCAAAUGUGUUUGGGAACAUGAAGAAAUAUCAACACAAAUGUAAAGGUCUGAAGAUGUCAGUGGUAACUUAUUUUUGCUCUGAGGACUGAUCUGUUUUAUGUAACUUUUGUAAUAUAUAUAUAUAUGAAUAUAUGUCCAACUUUUCAUCUUGCAGGUACAGACAUUUCAUAUGUGGCAAGGAAUGACAUUCUGAUUGAUAUGAUCUGUCCCUGAUAAAUGAAUACAAAACAAACAGUAAAGACAAGGUUAAGACGAGUAAAUCACAA